CUUUUGUGGCGACCAUGGACACAUUUUUCCGUCGGCACUUUAAGAGGAAGAAGGUAGCGCUUGCUACAACAGAAGGGGAGGAGCCAGAGCCCUGUCGACCCCGGCGACCCAGCAUGGCUGUGCCAUCCAGCCGUGCCCGCAGGCGUUCCAGCGUAGGCCUUCCUUCGGCCAUGCUGACCCAGCGCCGUCGAUCUGUCGUCCAGCUGCAGCCUCUGCCCCAUGCUGUGUCUGCUCGACCCGCCAAGAGUGCAGGGGUUGUGGGGAGCUUGGGGGCCUCGGGGGCAGUGGGGGGGGUACGGUGCCGCUCCAGCACCACCACGCCAGGGGCCAACCCACGUUUCGCUGUACGACAAAAGAGGGUGAGCAAGCUGCGUAACAUCGACACGCACCUCCUCGGCCCUUCCAUGCUGCUGGCCAGCCUCAUUCAGAUGACGGAGGAGGAUGAGGAGGUUUGCGACCCAGCCAUGGGGAAGUUGGCGCUCCAAGGGAACGUGUCCCGGGCCCUCAUCAGAUCAGACCUGGUGCUCUCUGGAGGAGACAGUGACAGUGCCAGUGCCAGUAACAGUACUAGCCCAAGUUCCGCUGCUGACUCAGAUGAUGGCCAGUGCUCAGAGCUGUGUGAGAGGCAUUUUAUCGAGGCAAAUUCACCCGAAUUGGGUUUCAGAAACUCCUCUCUUUGGUGCCAAAGUGAUUGCUUGUCGCUAGGUGUAGUUAUGGAGCAAGUCCAGGCUCACACACGAAUUAGUGUGCCGCGCUGUCUGAGGAGGAACUCUUCCCAUCUGGGACAUGGCGAAGCUGGUCCACAAGGGCGCUAUUGCCGCAGCAGUCAGAGGAGGCGCCGCAGGCGCGUUUCCACCAUCUGCAAGGCAGGCAGCCCUUGGCCAGGGAGAGGCUUACCGCCGCCCAACCGCAGGAACUCCACCUGCUGGAAGACUCACACUUCCUUCAGCCCGCUUCUCGGAGCCCAUUAUGAUCCCAGACUGGAGUCGUGGAGUGGGUUCCUCUCGAAAGCUAUUGCUAAGUCUGGUAUUCAGCACCUGACUGCCCAGUCCAGUGCAUCAAUGCCAAACAAGUGUGAAGCUAACCAAGAGAUCCCCCAGAAAGUCGACUGGACCGAGAAUGCUCAGUUUGGACAACAUGUCUGGUUUGAGACCAGUCUUUCUGGAGACUUCUGCUAUGUUGGAGAGAUUUACUGCUUUGCCAAAUCACUGCAAAAAUCACUGCCUCGCUAUAAAUGUGCUGCCUGCAAAAUAGCGGUGCACACAGUGUGCAUGGAACAGCUAGAGAAGAUUAAUUUCAGGUGUAAACCUUCGUUCAGGGACCCGGGAAUGAGGAAUGUGCGAGAGGCUUCCACUGUCAGGCAUCACUGGGUGCACAGGCGCCGGCAGGACGGGAAGUGCCGGCAGUGUGGAAAGGGUUUCCAGCAGAAGUUCUCCUUUCACAGUAAAGACAUAGUGGCUAUCAGCUGCUCAUGGUGCAAACAAGCAUACCACAAUAAGGUGACGUGCUUCAUGCUGCAGCAGAUUGAGGAGACCUGUUCUCUUGGGGCCCAUGCUGCAGUCAUAGUACCUCCUACCUGGAUUAUCCGAGUCCGCAGACAACAGGCAUCACUAAAGUCAAGUAAAAGGAGGAAGAAGGCAUCUCUGAAAAGCAAGGGCAGCAAGAAAGGACCAGAGGAUGGCAAAUGGAAGAGCUUUAUAGUGAAGCCAAUUCCCUCCCCACUCAUGAAGCCAUUGCUGGUGUUUGUUAACCCAAAGAGUGGUGGAAAUCAGGGAGCAAAAAUUAUCCGGUCUUUAAUGUGGUACCUAAACCCACGGCAAGUGUUUGAUCUGACACAGGGAGGGCCCAAAGAGGGGUUGGAAAUGUACUGCAAAGUGCCCAACCUGCGCAUUCUAGUGUGUGGAGGAGAUGGAACGGUUGGCUGGAUUCUAUCCGUGCUAGAUGAGCUGCGGCUGAACCCUCAGCCCGCCGUGGCUGUGCUCCCUCUGGGCACAGGAAACGAUCUGGCCAGGACACUCAACUGGGGAGGGGGAUACACAGAUGAGCCUGUAUCUAAAAUCCUGUCUCAUGUGGAGGAUGGGAACAUAGUGCAGCUGGACCGCUGGAACCUGAGUGUGGAGCCCAACCUGGAGGCCAGUGAGGAAGAGAAGGAUGAACAGCAGACCGACAAGCUUCCCAUUGAUGUAUUCAAUAAUUACUUCAGCUUGGGUUUUGAUGCACAUGUUACCUUGGAGUUCCAUGAAUCCCGAGAAGCCAACCCUGAGAAAUUCAACAGCCGUCUUCGGAACAAGAUGUUCUAUGCAGGGACGGCGUUCUCAGACUUUCUCAUGCGCAGCUCCAAAGACCUGUCCAAGCACAUCAAAGUCGUGUGUGAUGGCAUGGACCUCACUAGUAAAGUUCAGGAACUGAAGUUGCAGUGUCUGCUCUUCCUCAACAUUCCUAGGUACUGUGCUGGUACAAUGCCUUGGGGUAACCCUAGUGAGCACCAUGACUUUGGGCCUCAGAGACACGAUGACGGCUGUAUCGAAGUUAUUGGAUUUACUAUGACUUCUCUGGCCACCCUGCAGGUGGGGGGCCAUGGGGAGAGGCUGCACCAGUGCCGGCAGGUGACACUUACCACCUUUAAGCCCAUCCCUGUGCAGGUGGACGGCGAGCCCUGCAGGCUGGCCCCAUCUGUUAUCUGUAUCAGCCUCAGGAACCAAGCCAACAUGGUGCAGAAGACCAAGAGGAGGAUCUCCAUUCCCCAGCUCAACGAUCAGCAGCCCAUAUCUGAACAGCUGCAGAUUCGAGUGAGCUGCAUCAGCAUGCAUGAUUAUGAGACCCUGCACUAUGACAAAGACCAGCUCAAAGAGGCCUCAAUCCACCUGGGCUUCAUCACUGUCCCAGGAGACAGCGAUUUGGAGACGUGUCGGCUGCAUGUUGAAAAGCUGCAUGAGAACAGGUGUGGAGUGCAUUCAGAUACAGUAACUGCACCACAGCUCUCCCCCAAAUGGUGCUUCCUAGACUCAACAACUGCAGAUCGUUUCUACAGAAUAGACCGUGCUCAGGAGCAUCUGAACUAUGUGACUGAGAUCUCCCAGGAUGAGCUUUUUAUCCUCGACCCGGAGAUGGUCACUAAGGAGACAGUGGGCACAUCCCCAGGAAUGCCCGGAACGACAGACGUAGUGGAAGAGUGUUCCAAUGGCUCCGACAAGUUUGCUUUCCCUGUGUACUCCCCCACCCCCCGAUCACUGGACAGGGUUAUUAAGGAACAGGCUACGAGUCUGGUGGCAAGACUGCCAUGUGACGGCACCACUGCAGAGGAGCAGACUGUAACAGCACUGUCCUCAGGUGCAGGCUUGUCCAGGUCAGGUGGUGCUAUCCAGAAUGAAGCUGAUAAAGUAGAGACUAUGAAGAUGCUAACUGAAGUUGUGAAGUCUGAUAACUUAGAAAAGCUCGUGGCACAACACAAAGCAGGGGCCAGUCUGGGGCUGUGUGAUGAGAUGGGCUGCACUCUGCUCCACUAUGCUGUAGAUAUGGGCAACAAGGACAUGGUCAGAUACAUCUUAGAUAAUGCUCCACCGAGUAUUCUGGAUGCUGUGGAAAAAGAGACAGGUGAGACCGCUCUGCACAAGGCAGCAGCUUUGUGCCAAAGGACAAUCUGUGGCUACCUGGUGGAGGCUGGAGCCUCCCUUGUGAAGGCCGACCUGCAGGGUGACAGUGCGAAGGUGCGGGCGCAGAGGGCUCACGAUCGGCCACUAGCUGACUAUCUUGAGAACCAGCAGCACCGGCAGAUGAUCCAGAGGGAUGACCACGAGACAGCAGUGUAGCCAGCGUCCUACACGUGCCUCUUCUUCCUCUGGGGAGUGGAAUUGUUGGCUUGGGCAAAUGAGUAUUCUGGGACAGCAUGUCAGAAGAGAAAGAGCCUGUUGUUGUUAACUCAUGAGGGUAACGCCCCUUAAACGAGGCAACUUGUGAUGUCUUUAUGUAUGACAAUGCAUGAAAGUGUUUAUUUUACAGUUGUGUUGGCAACAUGCUGU